AUGGUAAGUACUGCUUUUAGUGAAAUGAGUGGUCACGACUUUAAACCUAUUAAACCUACAACUGAUAAUGAUGAGGAAGAUGACCCAGUUAUUGCUUCAAUUAAGCGAACUGGUUGUCUUGACCUUCACAAUGCAAUUAUGGAGUGCAUGUAUGAAAACAAGGACUGGCGUAAAUGCCAAAAUGAAGUGAAAUCGUUUCGCCUGUGCAUGUCCAAGAAAGAUAAAAAGCCUUAA